CUAUAUUCAGAUGUAAUAAUUUUAUUCUCUUGGUCUUUAUGUUCUCAUUUUGAGAAGGUGAAAAAGUAAUACCAUGAAAAGGCACGGAGGACUGGGAGACAACAAUGAUUUACAUUUACCUUUGCGUAUUACUGUCAGUCUCCAUGAACCUUGUUCUGUGUGAUUACAAAUGUUUGUGCAACUACAACGUAGAAAAGCCUAUAUAUGACACGUCUUCAACUACUGGUGAUGUUAUAGGUUACAUGUACGAGUUCGACUGUAAACCUACCGCAGGGGACUCAGGUACAAAUGGUUGGUUAGCUGUAGCAUUUGAAAACAAGUUAGGUUUUGCGCAAAAUGAUGCCCAACUACAAAUACAAACCUGUCCUGGUAGUAUUCCGGAUGAAGAUAAACUUCCCACAAAACCAACACCGAUAUCUUCAACUACAACAUUUCACACUACUUCAACUGAAGGAACUACAACGACGACUACGAUAUUAACUACAAAUUCCACUACCAAUCUAUCAUCAGCACACUUAACAAACAAUUUAACUACGGCGGGCAUACCCUCUGUUACUGUACCUGAAUCAACUAUUACUUCUUUUAUGAAUUCCACUUCACCUAUAACAAUAUCAUCACCAUCAAGUACCACAAAUGUUCCAGCUAGCACCAGAAAAGAACAAACAGCACUUUUCUCAACCUCACAUCCAACGACGAUUGUUGCAACGACUGCAACCCCUUUAACGACAGCUACAUUCACGAACACUUCAACAGCUUCAACAACUGCACCCACUUCAACGACUGCAACGACAGUAAUCAUCGCAACCGCUUCAACCAUUUCAAGGACUUUCGCCAAUUCAACCACUUCAACGACAGCACCCAACGUAACCAGUUCAGCAACUUCAACGUAUGCAAUCGCUUCAACCACUUCAACGACAGCAACAACUUCAACACUUUCAACGACAGCAACAACUUCAAUACCUUCAACGGCUGCAACACCUUCAACGGAUGCAAUCACUUCAACGACUACAACCGCUUCAACCACUUCAACGACAUCAACCAGCGCAAGCACCUCAACCCCUUUCACGACUGCAACCACCCCAACGACUGUUACGAAAAACUGGCACCCAACUUCAGGUCUGACAGAGAUGUGUCCAUCAACAGUUAAGGUAGAAGCUCAGCGUAACGGCAUACAACUUGCUCAGUUUGGAAAAAAAUGUUAUGAAAUUAUUCAGACGAAAAUGUCAUGGGCUAAAGCAGAGAUAGCUUGUCGGGGUAAAGGAGGUCAUUUGGCGGAUAUAGGCAGUCAGCAAGAGCAAGACUUUCUAUACCACUUUCUGGAGGGCAUUAAAAGUCAUACUGUAUGGUUAGGACUACAUGACAGAAAUGAAGAGGAAAAAUUCGAAUGGACAUCAGGUAGUCCAGUCGUAUACACUUACUGGAAACAUGACCGAAAAGACGGAUUCUAUCAUAAUAAACAAGACUGUGUUUAUAUGACUGCGAAUGGUACAUGGGAUGAUAUUUAUUGUGGUUCGGAUGGCGUGUCUACUACUUAUCUGCACGCCUAUGUAUGCCAGUAUAGUCUGAUAGGAUUGUGUCCAUACUCAGUUCAGUUAGAAGCACAACGCGGCGACAUACAACUUACUCAGUUUGGAAACAAAUGUUAUGAAUCUGUGCAGACGAAAAUGUCAUGGGCUAAAGCAGAGACGACUUGUCAGGGCAAACGAGGACAUUUGGCAGACAUAAGCAGUCAACAAGAACAGGACUUUCUGUACCAUUUUCUUGAAAGUAUUAAAAGUCAUACUGUAUGGUUAGGUCUACAUGACAGAAAUGAAGAGGAAAGAUUCGAGUGGACAUCAGGUAAUCCGGUCGUAUACACUAACUGGAAAAAUGAUCGAAAAGACGCUUUCUACCACAAUAAACACGACUGUGUUUAUAUGACUGUGAAUGGUACAUGGGAUGAUAUUAACUGCGGUUUCGAUGGCGUGUCUUCCACUUAUGUGCACGCAUACGUAUGCCAAUAUAGUAAGUACAGUCACAACUUAAGUGCUUAAAAUAAUACAGCUACUCCUUGAUUCUUGCAGUGCUUUCAGGAAAACAUGUCAGAAAACUUGAUCUGUUUGUGUUUGAUUUAGUAAGAUAUGUCAGAUGAAUUAAAAGAAAACUACAAAAAUAAUUAUUUCUAACAGAGAAGGUUUCUUGUAUGUUUCUUCACUGUGUAUACCGCCGUUUUUCAAGAAUAUUUUGGUUAUAUAACGGCGGAAUGUUAACCUAACAACUGUUUCUACAUUCUGUACCAGUACCCAUCUCAACAACUUCUCCAUAAGAUUCAGAGCUUGAGAACGAAAUGACACUUUACACAAUAUAAUUGAUCAAAUCGUCACAGAGAUCAAACAAACCACCCAGUGAUCCGUAGUUUUGCAUUUAACGGGGUAGGCUUUAGUGAAUUAUUAGGUACACCAGUUACCCUCUACUUAAAAAAGCAAAUAAACGAUGCAUUAAGAAUGUUUUGUGAACUAUUUGAACCAAACUAUGUUUCUAGAUAAGAAAAGUACUGGUUAAACAAAACUGAAUCAUAUAAUUCAAAUUUGUCGUUUCGUUUCAUGCAAUUUUUCAUAUGUAAACUUUUUUUUGUAUCAUAAAUGUAUAAAAACUCACAAUGUGUUUUCUAUUUCAGAUACAGUCAAUGGACCUCCAAUUAUUGGCUGAACAUAAACAUG